CAAUUACGAUGGCACAACACGACUCGGUCCAGACGCUGUGCUAUGUGGUCCUGAUCGGCAUCAUCGCCGCGUCCAACUUUGUGCUGAUCCCUGUGAACGUGCAGUUGAUCCUGUCGGCUACAUCCAUCGUGUACAUUGGCUCGACGCUGUCCUUGAAGCUCAAGCACAAGCGCGAAGCUGCUGGUGAAAAGAACGAAGACGCUAUGACGAAAGAAGACGCGUAUAUGUUUCCAGUAAUUGGGUCGGCCAUGUUGUUGGGGUUGUACCUGGCCUUCAAGUUCUUCGACAAGGAAGUCGUGAACCUUCUUCUCACGAUGUACUUUGCCCUCAUCGGCACAUACAGCUUGACGGACGCGUUCUCGCCCAUCGUGCGCCAGGUUGCGUUUUCCGAAACCGAGUCCCACUUCGUCCGCAAAUUUACACUGCCGUAUUUUGGUUUAAAGACGUUGGACCUGACGGCGUCGUGGGUCGUUACCGGGGUUUUCGCGGCGAUUUUUGCCGCGGCGUGGUUCCACACCAAGCACUUCGUCUUGAACAACAUCUUUGCCACUUCACUAGCCAUAAAGGGCAUUGAAUCGCUGAGCUUGGGGUCCUACAAGGUCGGUGCCAUCUUGCUCGUGGGUCUCUUCUUUUACGACAUCUUCUGGGUGUUUGGCACGGAUGUCAUGGUGACGGUCGCGACCAAGUUUGACGGCCCCAUUAAGCUCUUGUUUCCCCGAGUUUUUGCCACGGCGACAGAAAAGGCCAAGUUUUCCCUCCUGGGUCUCGGGGAUAUCGUCAUUCCCGGCAUCUUUGUCGCGCUGCUCCUCCGUUUUGACGCGUUCCGUGCAGGCGUCACCCACGACGACCAGGCGUUUCCUCGCCCGUACUUUCACGUGAACGUGUUGUUUUACGUCCUGUCUCUCGUCGCGACGGUGAUCGUGAUGGUAGUGUUCAACCACGCGCAGCCAGCGCUCUUGUACCUCGUGCCUGGCUGCUUGGGAUCGUCGUUGAUUCAAGGGCUUGUCCGAGGCGAGCUCAAGGAAUUGCUCGCGUACAGCGAAGAGGACGAGGACGACAAGGCGAAGGAAAAAGAGGACAAGAAGUCCAAGUAAACGAAAGUAAUUCGCGCUCUCUUCCAAAUGCACCCUCUAUUUCGUGUCGACUACGUGG